AUGGAGUCUCCUGCCCCGAGCCCGCCCGCCGGCGUGCCCACGUCCAAAGGAAAGUCCAGGAGGAAAAAGGAUUUACGAAUCUCCUGUACGUCCAAGCCGCCGGCGCCCAGCCCCACGCUCCCCCGGAACCUGGACUCCCGGGCUUUCAUCACCAUUGGAGACAGGAACUUUGAGGUGGAGGCAGAUGACCUGGUGACCAUUUCAGAGCUGGGCCGAGGUGCCUAUGGGGUGGUCGAGAAGGUGCGGCAUGCCCAGAGUGGCACCAUCAUGGCUGUGAAGCGCAUCCGGGCCACUGUGAACUCUCAGGAGCAGAAGCGCCUGCUCAUGGACCUGGAUGUCAACAUGCGCACGGUGGACUGCUUCUACACCGUCACCUUCUACGGGGCCCUCUUUAGAGAGGGAGAUGUGUGGAUCUGCAUGGAGCUCAUGGACACAUCCCUGGACAAGUUCUAUCGGAAGGUGCUAGACAAGGGCAUGACGAUCCCAGAAGACAUUCUCGGGGAGAUCGCUGUGUCUAUCGUGAGGGCCCUGGAACACCUGCACAGCAAGCUGUCCGUGAUCCACAGAGAUGUGAAGCCGUCCAAUGUCCUUAUCAACAAGGAGGGCCACGUGAAGAUGUGUGACUUUGGGAUCAGUGGUUACUUGGUGGAUUCCGUGGCCAAGACAAUGGACGCUGGCUGUAAACCCUACAUGGCCCCCGAGAGAAUCAACCCAGAACUGAACCAGAAAGGCUACAAUGUCAAGUCAGAUGUCUGGAGCCUCGGCAUCACCAUGAUUGAGAUGGCCAUUCUGCGAUUUCCUUAUGAGUCCUGGGGUACCCCCUUCCAGCAGCUGAAGCAGGUGGUAGAGGAGCCGUCCCCCCAGCUCCCAGCUGACCGUUUCUCCCCUGAGUUUGUGGACUUCACCGCACAGUGCCUGAGAAAGAACCCCGCGGAACGCAUGAGCUACCUGGAGCUGAUGGAGCACCCUUUCUUCACCUCGCACAAAACCAAGAAGACUGACAUCGCUGCCUUCGUGAAGGAGAUCCUGGGAGAGGACUCGUAG